AUGAAGACCGACUUUAAUUUUUCAAACUUGCUGGGCACAGUCUACUGCAAAGGCAAUCUCGUCUUCACCCCAGAUGGCACCUCCCUGCUAUCGCCCGUCGGAAAUCGAGUGACCUGUUUCGACCUUGCGAAUAACAAAUCAUACACCUUUCCAUUCGCCCACCGCAAGAAUGUCGCCCGUAUAGCUCUCUCCCCACAAGCCACCCUACUCCUCUCAGUUGACGAAGACGGUCGUGCGAUUCUUACAAAUUUCAUUCGUCGAACCGCCCUCUAUAACUUCAACUUUAAAUCCAAAGUCCACGACCUUCAAUUCGCGCCUGACGGAAGACAUUUCGCUGUCGCGGCGGGUCGAAACAUCGAAGUAUGGAAGACGCCAGAGUUUUCCGAGGAUAGAGAGUUUGCACCGUUCGUUAGGCAUAGAGUGUAUACCGGUCAUUUUGAUGACGCGAAUAGUAUUACAUGGUCGUCAGAUUCAAGGUUUUUCUUGACAGCGUCGAAGGAUCUGACGUCGAGGAUAUGGUCUUUGAACCCUACGGAAGGUUUUGUACCCACUACGUUGGGUGGCCACAAGGAGUCCGUUAUCGGCACCUACUUCUCGGCAGACCAAGAAACAAUCUACUCUGUUAGCAAAGAUGGCGCCGUAUUCACGUGGAAAUACACUGUUCCUAGGAGGAAUGUCAUGGAACUUGAGGACGAUCCUGAAGAAGCACCCCAGGACCCCUCUCAGGAACGCUGGCGGAUAGUCAAGAAGCGCUUCUUCAUGCAAGGCUCUGCUACAGUCAAAUGCGCCACCUAUCAUGCUCCAUCAAACCUCUUGAUCGUAGGCUUCUCGACAGGUCUCUUCAGUCUCUACGAAAUGCCGGAAUUCAACCUCAUCCAUACGCUCUCCAUCUCCCAGAAGGAAAUUGACCAUGUCUCCAUAAAUCCCUCAGGCGACUGGCUCGCCUUUGCCGCCUCAAAACUCGGCCAACUUCUUGUCUGGGAAUGGCAAUCAGAAUCCUAUAUAUUGAAGCAACAAGGCCAUUACGAUUCCAUAAAUUCUCUCCUCUAUACCCCCUCGGGGCAGCAUAUAAUCACCACUGCCGACGAUGGUAAAAUUAAAGUAUGGGACACAAUAUCUGGCUUCUGCAUCGUCACAUUCACCGAACAUACCUCCGGAGUUACUGCCUGUGCAUUCGCAAAACGAGGGAAUGUUCUCUUCACGGCAUCACUUGACGGUUCAAUCCGUGCAUGGGAUUUAAUCCGUUACCGAAACUUUCGAACUUUCACAGCCCCAUCUCGUCUACAGUUCUCUUCGCUGGCAAUUGACCCAAGUGGUGAAGUCGUCUGUGCUGGCUCAUUGGACUCCUUCGAUAUCCACCUCUGGUCCGUCCAAACAGGCCAACUUUUAGAUUCCCUCUCUGGUCACGAAGGUCCUGUGUCUUCUCUCGCCUUUGCAGCAGAUGGGAACACAUUGGUCAGCGGCAGCUGGGACCACACAAUUCGCAUCUGGAGCAUCUUCGGCCGCACACAACUUUCUGAACCACUGAAUCUUCAUUCAGACGUCUUAGCUGUCGCCUUUCGUCCUGAUGGCAAACAAAUAGCGGCCUGCAGUCUUGACGGUGAACUCAGUUUUUGGGCUGUAGAUGAUGCCGUUCAAGUCAGCCAUGUAGACGGUAAACGCGAUGUCUCCGGCGGUCGCAGAGUCGGUGAUCGCAGAACUGCGGCUAGCAGCCCUGGUGGAAAGAACUUCAAUACGGUUUGCUAUAGUGCUGAUGGAACAUGUGUUCUUGCAGGCGGGAAUAGCAAGUACAUCGUUCUGUACGACGUCGAUACUGGCUCUCUACUUAAAAAAUUCAGUGUCUCGAUUAACCUUUCAAUUGACGGAACUCAGGAGAUGUUAAAUUCAAAGAACAUGACAGAAGCUGGACCGAUCGAUUUAAUCGACGACCAAGGCGAAGCCUCGGACUUGGAAGAUAGAAUCGAUAAAUCGUUACCCGGUGCAUCAAGGGGUGAUGCAUCAGUCAGAAAAGUUCGGCCGCAGAUCAGAGUUACUUCCGUAUCCUUCUCGCCAACAGGCAGAGGGUUUGCGGCAGCGAGUACGGAGGGGUUGGUUAUCUACUCAUUGGAUAACUACUAUACCUUCGACCCAUUCGAUUUAGAAAUUGAUAUCACACCAACCACGAUUUUGGGGACUCUAAGACGGAAGGAUUAUCUCAAAGCCCUUGUGAUGGCGUUUAGGCUUAAUGAGAAAUACUUGAUUCAUCAGGUAUACGAGGGUAUUCCUGUAGCGGAUAUAAAACUGGUGGUCAAGGAAUUGCCAGUGGUAUACCUAUCGCGAUUACUAGGCUUCAUAGCAAAGAUCUCAGAAGAGAGUCCACAUCUGGAGUUCCACCUAUUGUGGUUUGAAGCAGUAUUGGGACUACAUGGAAGAGUCUUACGGGCUCAACAAGGCAAAUACGGUAGUGAAUUGAGGAUGGUACAGAAGUGUGUGGUGGCGAUACAGACAGAAUUGGCGAGAUUGGCCGACGAGAAUAUAUAUACCCUCGACUAUCUCCUAUCCACCCCCAAAACGUCCGCAAAGCAGCAACAGGACAAAACAAAACCCAAGCUGCUAAUGGCCCCUGAGGAUGUGGAUAGCGAAGGUAGUAAUAAUGGCGAUAUCCAAAUGAAUGGAGAGUCGCCAGGAGGGGGUGCUGGCUGGGAAGGAUUCAGCGACAGCGACGACUAG